AGCUCUGCCUGAACCGGCAACCCGUUUCACGGCUGAUCAGUCGGGCUCCUCCCGGGCGGCAUGGCUGGGGGUCUGCGGCUCUGCUUCUGCAUCUGCUUGUUCCUCUCGCUCGUCCAGCGCUCAGUCGGCGCCGUGGACUCGCAUAAAAAGCACGAAAACGACGCAGCUCACCAUCAGAUCGCCUCCUCCUCCGCUAGACCAGGGGCCUGGAAUCCAGCGGAGGAGAAACCAAAGCGACUCUUCGCCAGGACACGUUACCUAUCUACACAGAGACUCCAUGUUCCGAGACCCAAGAUGGAGCCGGUGGGUGCAGCCCCUGUCCCGGUGCGGCGCUGUGCUGGUCUUAUGGAGAGCUGCUCUGGACGAACCCCCUGCUGCGAGCCCUGCGCCUCCUGCCACUGUCGACUAUUCAACACCAUCUGCCACUGCUGGAGGCUGGGAAGCUGCCCCAAAAAGACCUAACAUACAGAAGGGUGUGAUCUCUGACCUCACAGUUACCAUUAUUUUCAGUUAUUUUGAUACGACUCUGAAUCAUUUAAAACUAUUUACGCAGUAGUGAAAUUAGGCCUGGGCCAGCAACAGAAUCGUCUCAGGAAAAUAUCCGCAGUAAAGAGGUAAACCAGGACUUCAGGGGCAGGGGGUAUUAAAACACUGUCUAAAAGUAACUAACAAUGAGUGUGUUUACAUGCACUCAAUAAUCCAAUCAUCUCCUUUUAUGUCUCUAGUUAUCCGAUUAUUCAAAUGGUCGUGUAAACAGCUCAGUCUGAUUCCUUAUACUGGAGUAAGGUCUAGAAAUCCAAUCCAAACAUCUGAUGAAGAGGCUGGAUUUUAGCUGAGUAAUCAGAUUUCUCAGUGCAUGUGACCUCUUACUCUGAUUUCUUUCGUUUUCUCAGUCUGCACA